GUCAUCCUUGGUGGCUUCCUUGCACUAACUUUGAGCUCAGGAUCUCAGGAUGUACAGAAAAAUAAUCCUGGAAAUGCUUUUGUCAGGUUCUAUUUCUACACCAACCGCCAUCCUCACAGUUUUUACUUUGAGUUACCUGGCCAUGGCCGAUGAUGUUACUCCUGAUCCAGCUCAGUUACCCACAGUUUCCACAGCGGAACUUCACAGUACCCUAGCUACUAAGUACACAAGUCUACCAACAAUUCAUCCAGAAGAUUUGGAUUCCUCAAAGGACUCAUCACUGGCCACGUCUCCUAUUGCUAGGAUGAUAAAAGAAGACGUUUUAGUUAAUAAAAACCAAUCCCUCCCAGCAGAGGGAAAAGGUGGAAGACAGCAAAUGAAACACCAAUUCUCAGAACUAGUGAUCACAGUCAUUAUUUUCGGGGUGAUGGCUGGUAUCAUUGGAAUUAUCCUUUUUAUUGCUUUCUGUAUUGGCCGACUGAGAAAGAAAAAUUCACCUGGCGUAGCACCUGAAUUGUACCAAGUUGCUCCCUUAAGUUCUAUAGAAAUAGAAAAUCCAGAAAAGUAAUCAAUGAGAAUCUGCUCACCAAGCAAAAUUUUGGAAGUACUCAAAGACACAAGACAUCCGUCAAGGGAAAAAUAAACAUGUAAAUUGGAUGCUUCGAUAAAUUGUCUGCCUUCCUAAACUGUACAAUUUCAGGAUGAAAAUCUCAUCCUGAAUUCAGAGAUUCAAUGAUGAAAAAUAUCUUUACUCAUUAGUAUUCCAAAAUGAAGAACAAAUAUUUCCUUUCAUGCUUGCUUUUGUGUGUUAGCCUCAUUUUUAUAAUUCAUUGAUUCAGAAAUGUGAUCCAAAGUUUCAGUUGGCUUCACCCCACAGUUUUUUAAGGCCAACUUGGUCUUUUCUGUUUUUUUUAAUGACUAGGCUGUCAAAUGAAAGGCUUGUAGCAU